GUUCUCUCGAGAGCACUGUGCUGUGUUAAGGCCCAGCUGCUGAUCUCCGCCUUUACUCGUCGCGACAACAUCACGGUAACAUUCCUCCAGGAUGCUCCUCGGAGCAGCGUACCGAAGCCAACCAUCUCCACUGUCUCCAUUCCCAUCUUUAGCCCCGUGAUUGAGCGUUUUAUCUCACUGUCUCUCUGUCUGUCUCGAUAUCUCGAUCUCUCGAACUUCCAUCAGAAAGCCCGUUACCACAAUGUUGUCCGCCGCACCCGCCCCGACUCCCCUCCCCAUCUCCAAUUCGCCUUCCUCCGUCGCCCCUGCUGCCCCCGCCUCGGCAGCCCUGGUCGCCACCCCGGCCUUCCGCCUCUUCCUCUCCCGCCUUACAAACUCCGCCCGCCGCUCCCUCAACACCUGCCGCCCAUGGUCGGAGCUCGCUGACCGCUCUGCCUUCUCCCGCCCUGAGUCACUAGGGGACGCCGCCUCCCGCCUCCGGAAUAACCUCGCCUACUUCCGCGUCAACUACGUGGCCGUCGUCGCCGCCGUCCUCGCCAUCUCCCUCAUUACGAACCCCUUUUCCCUCCUCGUCCUCCUCGCCCUUCUAGCCGGCUGGUGCCUCCUCUACCUUUUCCGCCCCUCCGAUCCGCCGCUUGUUAUCUUGGGCCGGACCUUUUCUGAUCGCGAGACUCUUGGAUUCCUCGUCCUCGCCACCAUCUUCGUAGUUUUCCUCACUUCCGUCGGAUCGCUUCUGAUCUCAGCCCUGGUCUUUGGUGCCGCUAUCAUCGGAGCCCAUGGGGUUUUCCGUGUUCCGCAGGAUCUUUUCCUGGAUGAACAGGAGGCGGGCGCCGCCAGCGGGCUUCUAUCCUUUCUUAGUGGAGCGGCCUCCACCGGACCUGUCGCCUUGGCGGCUGCUCGUGUCUGAUCUACCAAUCUACAAUAGCUGAGGUUUUUAUUGUCUUCUUCUUCCUUGCUAUUGUUGUUAGGAAAAGUACUACUAAAAUUCCAUCUAUUUGUUCUAGGGUUUCUUGUCAGCCGAGGUUUUUAUUGUCUUCUUCUUUCUUGCUAUUGUUGUUAGGAAAAGGACUCCUAAAAUUCCAUACACAGACAUCAGACUAGAAAUUACGGUUACUCUUUUGGUUUGAAUGGGUGCAGUCUGUUAUACCCAAUUUCUAUGCAAGAAUCAAAUGAUGUAUUAUAUGUUACAUACCCAAAUCCGUGUCUCAGCUUUAGCUUU